UAUAUUUCGUAUAAUGUGCUUCCAUUGACUAUAUAUGUGUUAAUUAUAAUUGGUAUGUUAUCGUUAUAUAAUGAUACUAGCUGAUACUAAACAUUAUUUUUGAUUGGCUGCGAUGUGAUUGAUACAUUAUUCAUCGAAACGUGUUUCAAGUUUCACCAAAGGAAACCUUAAGCUAAGUACAGAGUACUCUAUGAAUUUUAUCAAAAGAUAGAAUAGAGACUUUAGAAUAACCGAAGCAUCAGAAACUAUAAAAUAAUUAUUUAAAGGCUUUAGAUCGAAUUGGAAGCUCGAUUCCUACUACGAGAUAGAAAAGUAUACUGAAUUAUCGAGUAACAAGCAUUAACGAAGGGAGAAGUAGGAGAUUGUGAGUGGGCGGGGGCGGCCAUACUCAAACAACCGCCGAACGAAGUGCGCGGCACAGCGCAGAAAUGAGACGAUAAUAAACCGCAUCAUAAUCAUAUCGUUCGUAAACCCGGGGUGGGUGACGGUAACGGGUGUAAGUGCCUCCAUUGAAACGAAAAAUUACGGAAGGAAGCGAAGACGGAAGUGUGAGAAGUGUUAAAGAAAGAGACGAAAGCGGCCCGACGAAUCGAGGUGCAGAGAACGGUAUGAGUGCAAAGACAGACGUGAACAGGCGAGUCCUAGCGAUUCAGGCCAAAAAAAAAAGGCACAAGCCAAGUAAGCGAAAAGGAAAGGGUAACGCUCAAGAUGAAUCAGAAACAUCAGGAGCUCAAUGCUCGAAAGCAUCGGCUACUCAACAAGGGCAAGGAUCGGGUUUCUAUCAGGAUGCUUCUGCACAGAGACCAUAUUCCAGUGACAAUGGAAACAGAUUGGAACCAUGUCAUAGCUCAAGUAACGAAACAAUGGAGGAUGGUGAUGAAGUAUACAGUAGUGAGGAUGAAGAACAAGAGGACAGUAGUGACUAUUGUAAAGGAGGAUAUCAUCCUGUUAAAAUAGGAGAUUUAUUCUUAAAUCGUUAUCAUGUAACUCGUAAACUUGGUUGGGGUCAUUUCUCAACAGUCUGGCUUUGUUGGGAUUUACAGGAUAAACGAUUUGUGGCACUUAAAGUCGUCAAAUCUGCAUCUCAUUUUACUGAAACUGCAUUGGAUGAAAUUAAAUUGUUAAAAGAUGUGCGUGAUAUAGAUCCCAGUGAUCCUAAACGCAAUAAAACCGUCCAGUUACUCAAUGACUUCAAGAUCAGUGGCAUUAAUGGUUUGCAUGUUUGCAUGGUAUUUGAAGUGCUUGGGCAUAAUCUUCUAAAAUUGAUCAUCAAAUCCAACUAUAGAGGAAUUCCAAGAAACAAUGUUAAACGUAUCAUCAGACAAGUUCUUGAAGGUCUUGAUUAUCUACACAAUAAAUGUAAAAUUAUUCAUACAGACAUCAAACCUGAGAAUGUCCUUGUUUGUGUUGAUGAAGCUUAUAUAAGAAAAUUGGCUUGUGAAGCUACAGAAUUACAUUCACUUGGAAUGAAGUUGCCAGUAUCUUUAAUCUCAACUGCACCAAAGGAAUUCCAAGAACCUACUCCUAAUUCUAAAAUGUCAAAAAAUAAAAAGAAAAAGCUUAAGAAGAAAGCGAAACGUCAAAAUGAAUUAUUAAAGAAACAAAUGGAACAAAUAGAAGAACUUGAAGAACAAGAUAAACUUGCAAAUAGUACAAGAGCAAAUGGAGAAUUAGAAACAAAUAGUCCAGAUCAAGACAUAAAUACAGAAAGUAUAGAAGAUAAUACUGAAAGCAAAGGUUCACCUGAUAUCUCAGAACCAUCUGCACCUUCAUUACACAUAAAUGGUGUAGAUAGUUUAACAGCUGAAGAGAAAGCAGAAAAUCAAUUACCUCAACAACCUGAAAAAAUGGAAAAUGCAAACUCAUGUGACAUAGAGAAGAACUGUGGUGAAGAAGUACAUUCACCUGAUCAUGACGAUACAGACGAGUGUAGUGAAGGUCGCAAUUUACAUCCACCUGAAAGUAAACAAUUGAAAAGAGCAUCUGUAGCUCCUUUAGAUCCUGCCCUAGUAGAAUGUGAUGUUGAAGUAAAAAUAGCAGAUCUUGGUAAUGCAUGUUGGGUCUACAGAAAAUUUACAGAUGAUAUUCAAACUCGUCAGUAUAGAUCAUUAGAAGUGUUAUUAGGAUCUGGAUAUGAUACAUCUGCAGAUAUAUGGUCCACUGCCUGUAUGGCAUUUGAACUAGCGACUGGUGAUUAUCUCUUUGAACCACAUAGUGGUAAUUAUUAUUGCAGAGACGAAGAUCAUUUAGCACACAUUAUUGAAUUGCUUGGAGAAAUACCAAGACAUAUUGCUCUUUCUGGCAAAAACUCAAAAAUGUACUUCAAUAAGAAAGGUGAACUGAAACGGAUCACUGGACUAAAACCUUGGGGACUGUACGAGGUGCUCACAGAAAAGUACGAUUGGUCGCCAAGAGAAGCGCGCGAGUUUGAAGAGUUCCUAACUCCGAUGCUAGCGUUUGACCCGAGUAUGCGAGCUACAGCAGCAGAGUGCCUGAAGCAUCCGUGGCUGAAAAUCAAAAAGUGAUCAUUUUUUUUAUCGUUUUAUCUUUAAAUUCUUCAACACAACUACACUUCUACCACCCUGAUGUAAUUAUACAUAUGUCGGGAGUGUGACAAGAGGCAACGACCGACAAUGGUCAGGUUCUUUCGCAUUAUACAUAUAGCUUUAUUUUUGCGUGACGAGUGUAUCAUCACUGAAAACGCACAGCAUAAAAUUAUUUAAUAUUUAAUAUUAUAAUAUUAUUAUAAUAUACAUACAUAAUGUAAUAAUGUUAUAAUAUUUAAUAUUAUAGAAUGCAAAAUUAUUAAAAAUACAUUUUAUAAAUUAUAAUUUAGAAGUGAUUUUUACCUUUUUUAGCUGUUGGUAGUUUUGAUUAUCAUUUACGUCCACGCGAUUAUGACUAAUUUCAUACAGCAAAGGAGAUAUUUAAUAUUGGGACAAUUGGAAAAGAAAGAACUUGCUACAUUCCACCAAAUUCCAAUAUUUGCUGCAAUUGAAUAUGCUUCUAAUUGUAACACUCUCGACGAUGGCUGCCUACUUGUGUAUUUAUAAAUUUGUUAAAUCAUGUUUUUCAUUUAGUAUAAUGCUACCUUAAAUUAAAAUUUCGUAGUACUUUAUUAUUUUACAUGGUCAUCGUUAUAUUAUCCUUUAUACUACUUGUCACUUAAUUUAUAAAAUAUCCCAAGAGUCAUGGGACCUACUCAUAAUGUACUUUAAGAAAGGGCAGGCCCAUUGUUGUAUUAUAACGAAUAUUGAAAUUUUCAUUAAAAUAUUUCUUUUUCAUUAAAUUGAUUAUUCGAAAUUUACUGAUAGCAGGUUUUUUCUCUGUGAUCUCUCCUUGUGCUUAAUUAGUGUGUGUUCAGAAAAAAAUAUAAUAAUCAUUACUAUCAUUGUCUCUAUACUGGUUAAAAAGAUACUCAUAACACAUACUGGAACGUGUGUUUAAGGAACUGAAUCUUUGUACAAAUUCAAUGAAUGCAGAAAUACAUAUAUUGUUAGUAUAAUUAAGAGUUGGUCGCCAGAUUCUUGGUAAAACAGAUAUGUUUCGGAAUAAGACAGUGCAUACUUCAUUCAACUACAGUAAAUAAACCAGAGGAAAGGAUACGAGCUUGUAGUAAUAUACAGUAAUCUUACAAUAAUUAUAAAUUUUAACUAUCACAUAAAUAAUAAACUUAUAGGUAUCAAAAAAUGAAUUUGUAAUGGAAUUAUUGCAAAUGCAUAUACACUGUCGGAUUUCGAACAAUGACCGAGGCAUUCAAUAUUUGUGGUAUAUAUUUUCGUUCACUUUUAUUUAUUAUACAUUUCUUUAUACUGCUGAGAAGCGUGUAUCAUAUACAUAUUGUACAAUUAUGAAAAAGGGAGACUAGUUUCUACAUCAUGACUGAAAUUUCGGUAAACAUAAAAUAACCAUGGUAAAGGAGAUACGACUUAAGUUCUGUGCGACCUUCUUUACUUCGAGCUAUUGACUGAUUAUUAAGCUCUCUGCCGAUAAAUUGUCUUCUAUUUUAUAAUGAAGAUAGCGAAACAGUACGAUCAUUGAACUAGUGAACAUUCAACAUCACAAAUAUAUUUGUGUUGUUGAAUUUUGUUUAUGCUUCCAAACGAAUGUUCUGUUUCGCUGUGUCUGCCAAUUUAAAAUCAUUUCAUCAUCAAAAAACUGAGUAGUUAAAAAGCAUUUUGAAUGAAACUAGUGGAGAUGCAUAUGAAAAGGACAGUUAUUAUUAACUACAUUUCAUUAGUUGAGAAUAUAUUUAUUCCGGGUAAAAGAGGAAAAUAAUUACUUAAAGUAAGCUAUUUAAAUAUAGUUACGUUUAUUUUUAUUAAGAGUUUGUAAAUCGAUGAGUCUUAAAAAGAGACUACUCUAGUAGUUUAAUCCAUAAUUCACUUCAACAUUUAAUAUUCAUACUUUCGAAAAAUGAAAGGAAAGAUAUGGGAUUGUUGAUGUUGACUUUUACAAUAUUUAAGAGAGAUACAUGAUUCAGUAAGAAUAUUUGUUUUAUUUUAUUUUAUUUCUAUGCAUAUCCUUAACGAAAAUGCCUCUUCUACCUGUACUGUGAUCGAUGAAAUUCAAGCUUUUCAUUUCACAUUAUCGUACUUGCUUAACUAUCCCCGUGUAAUCAUGUGAUCCCACCGUAAUUAUGAUCUUGGGACUGAUGAUGGCAAUCGUGUUGAAUUUGUACAGUACGCAACCGAAGUUAUCGUAGUUAUAUACACCGAUAUUAUUUUAUGAAACGCGGCCAGUGAAAUCCGGAAACAGUGCAGUAAAUAACAAGGACACAAGGAAUUGCAUGGAAGAAUGUCUUUUCCAAAGUACAUCUCGAAUUUUUGCACGGCCGUCCUUCUAGUUGAUGACUGGUAACUGAUCAUCGUGUAUUUCUAUGUUGUUAAUGAUAAUUCUCAUUUUGAUGAAGAACAAUAUAUAAUACGAUGUAUGUUACCAAGCGAGGAAGAUCUUCAAAAACGAGUGAUAAUUUGCAAUUAUGCAACAAUCAUGUUGUAUGAUAAGCGAAUGAUUGGUUUUUUUAGUAACGGUUCAACGGAUUUCAACGACAUGCGAUUUCACCGCGUAGCCGCACAUUACGAUUAUACAUACCGAAAUAUACAUAUAAAUAUAUAAAUAAAUAUAUAUAUAUAUAUAGAUAUACAUAUAUACAUAGAAUAAAUCGAAUGACAAUUUAUGUAGGUGUGAUUCGCUGCUUGGCGCUAGGAUAGUUAGGAUGAAAUUAACAUACAUUAACAGCAAAAAAUGUGUAUAGCUUGAUGUACGAGAGACCGCCCGCCCCGCCCCCUUGUUUCCCUCUAAGGUUUGAAGAAGUAAUGUAUUCGUACAUAUAUUAAAACUUGAAAGCUCGUUGCGCAUCAUUUUUUUUCUUAUAAUAUAUUAUAUAAUUCCAUAAUAGAAGAACCACUUCUACGAGUACAGAACAAGAAAGAUCAAUGAAGAGUUAAGCAAAGCCAAAGAGGCUUGUUUAUACAGGGACCCAAGUUUGAAACUUUUACAGAUUUAUGUUCCAGUCGGUAGAUUUAAUCAUGCGCCAUGUAGAGAUAUGACUGAAUGAUUAAAAUUUACGCGCAUUAAUUAUACAUAGUGAGCUAAGUUCGAUAUAGGAAAUCUAAUUUUGUUCUUAAAAUUCGUCUGAACUGGGUCUUUAAGAAAACUCACUAUUACAUGUUUCUUUCAAUCUGCUAUCGUUGGAAUAAGAUUCUUCGAUCAUAAAAAGACAAGAAAAUAGUACAUGAAUUAUAAAAACGCACUGAGGAGGAACAAACAAUAUCAGUAUCAAGGAAACGUGUGUAAAUGGAACAUACAAUGUGAUUUUUUGUAAUAUUACAACGUUGAAAAACGUGGAUCGGCAGAUAAAGUUGUGGACUCGGAAUGGAAAUCUGAUGUUUGAUAAAAUAAAAGAAAAUGAAUCUCACAUGAACACCAAGUUAUAUUAUGUAAAUUGUGGCGUGUGUAACACACACGUAUCUAUGAGAUAUUGUAAAUAUUGAAAUGGAAUUGGGGAUUUUACACAUUUUUAGACCGAAGCGUCUGCAUUAAAAAAAAAAUCUGCGAUAAGUUUAGGGAAGUGCUUGAAAAUCUACUCCAAUGGAUUAUGCACGCUGUAUAACGACCACUUAGUCAGAUUAUAAUCCCUUGGAACAUUUUCUGUAAUAAAUGGAUACAAUCGGGUAUGAUAUUGUUUUACGAAUUGAUAUAUAGUCAUAAUGGUCAUAGCGUUGUAGGAUUAUUUAACUCUGCAUGCUUAGUCGAUUGCUCGAUGUUGUACAUACACACAUGUACUAUACUGAGCAUUAAUAAGGAUAUAACUAUUGAUAAAAAUGCAUAUAGAAGCUCAUGAUAUAUGAAGAUCCUUUUUAGAACUUUAUUGGGUGAUAAUCCAAUGCGUGAAUAAUAUUUGAACAGAGAAUAUGUAUAAUUAAACUGACUGGAGCAUUAGCAGAAAAGGAGGCAAGUGUGUUCUGCCAUGCUUUUAGACAAUACUUCAUUAAUCAAAAGGAUAAUAAUAUUUAUCCUUGUAUUAACGUUGGCUGAAUAGAAUUUAAAUUGCCGUAAUAUCAAAUAAAAAAUAAAUAACAUAAAAACAAAAGAUGUGCUCUUUAUAAAAAGAAAUGAUGCAAAUUUUGCUCAUUUUAUCAACUUCGAUCGUUCUAAAAAUAUCUUACAUUGAAUUUAAAUUUCAUGCAACGUUCAUCACUGUAUUUCCUAUACUCGAUGUGUUUUUGCACUAAUAGAGGAAAGAAACGUAUCAUAAAAUCAAAACUACUGUUUUCUAUGCCUAUAUACAUACAUAUAUACAUUUACCUUCAUACCAUUAUAUCUUCAUGAUCAAAAGGAAAUAUCGUAAAAGAUCAAUUAUAAGAAGGGUAUUAGGAAAUUGCAACAAAUCGUUUUUAAAGACAAAUAUGCCUCAUGCUCCAGUCAAUCAAUGUACAACCAGAUGAGGCAUAAAAAGUGUAGACAUAAUAAAGUAGAGAUAAUGAUUCGAACAAA